AUGUUAUUCAAGAUCUUCCUUCUCAUUCUCCACACUCUCUCGCUCUAUCUAUCGCUUUUCUCCCCCUCCUCAUCCAACUUGAACUUCCUUCUCUCUCUUUCGCCGUGUCUGUCCUCUCUCUCUCUCUCUCUCUCUAUCUAUCUAUCAAUCUAUCACUUUCCUCAUCCUCAUUUGACUUCCUUCCUUCCUUUCUCUUUCUCUCUCUCUCUCUCUUUCUCCUUCUUUUCUCCUCCUCAAUCAAAAACUUCUCUCUCUCCACAGUAUUUCUCUUUCCUCCUCCUCAUUCAACUUAGACUUCCUCUCUCUCUCUCUCUCUCUCUCUCUCUCUCUUCCUAUCCUCCCUCACUCUCUGUCUUUUUCCUUCUCCUCAUUCAACUUGGACUUCCUUCUCUCUGUCUCUCUAUCCUCUCUCUCUUUCUAUUUCUUUCCUCUUCCUCAUUCAACUUUGACUUCCUUCUCUCUCUCUCCCUCUCUCUCUCUAUCUAUCUUACUAGUUCUUUCCUCCUCCUCAUACAAUUUGAACUUCCUUCUCUCUGUCUCUCUAUCCCCUUUCUCUUUCUAUCUCUUUCCACCUCCUCAUUCAACUUGGACCUCCUUCUUUCUCUCUCUCUCCUCUCUCUCCUCUCCCUAUCUAUCUAUCUAUCUAUCUCUCUAUCUAUCUAUCUAUCUAUCUAUCUAUCUAUCUAUCUAUCUAUCUCUUUCCUCCUCCUCCUCCUCCUCCUCCUCCUCAUUAUCUUGCCAUUGAAUCUUAACGUCUUUUUUAUUCACCUUUUUUUCUGCUUCCUUUUCCUUCCCUCCAUUCAUCCAACGAUUUCUCAAGGUUCAUUAUUGAAUCAUUUAUUUAUUUUCCAUUUUCUUUGA